AUUUUUGCCUAUGGGUCGAACCCCACUGGUACCCAACAGAAGCACGUUUUCCGGUGUAUGAGAGAGGGCGCCAGAUUUGUCACUGUGUGCAUGGUGUAUGCUGUUAUUUGCUACAUUAUUACCUGUUUUUACAUACAAUAAACAGUGAUUCAGCUAUGGAGGAGACAUUUGAUGUUUUUGUGUUCGACGAGGAAGAGUCUUUCUUAGAGCUGGACGACACAGACAAGCCAAAAGGCGUGUCCGGACAGAGUCCGCAGGGUGCGGAGACCUCAGAUUGGGCCGAGAUGGUUUCUAUAACAUUGCGUGACUCGGAGGAGGAAGAUGCCUCUCAAGCUACGGCUCCCCCCAGGGAUGCAGCAGAAGCCAGGCCAGAGGACAUGGAGAAGAGGCCUAGGGGAGUACGCAAGUGUGCAGUGGAUAGGUGUGGUGAGGUUUUCACAGGGGCCACUCCCAUGCAAUACCAUAUUUGGCGGGAUCAUGCCAAAGAGGCCAGGGAACCGAUUGAUUUCAUCAAUGUCCUUGUGGAGCUCUCUGCUCAGAUCCUCGGACCUACCGAAGACAAGAGGGCAUUGGUCUCUUUAGGGAGACUUAGAACUUGGAUACAGAGCCAGCUUGGAAGGGUCAGCUGGGGUUUCUCUUGGCCGGUUCGUGAGGCUGCUGUUGGCGUGUCAACAUAUUUGGGGAUUGUACCUCCCAGUAGCCGACAAAUCAGUGAUGUGAGCAAGGGAAAGGUGACUCAUGUUGCCUUACUGGUCCAUCCAAGACUAAUGGCCCUUGCUAUCAAUGAGGCCACACGGAGAGGCCACUGGCGUGGAGAGUGGGAACGGUCCAGGUCAGACCUGGAUAAGUCGAAAUCCGACAUCGCUGAGUCCUGGGAGGACGAGCUGGUCCAGCCUGAGCCAGUUCAGGUGGACAGUGAGGUGACACAUGCUAGAGCGGAGGUACCCGCUGUGUCUCAGGGGCCUAGUAAGUCUACUACAUCUCCUAGAGAGGAUUCGGACCAGACUGUUGUUGUCGUUGAUUGCCACUGGCAUCCAGGACGUUUGCCAGACCCUUUUACGGGUGACUUAGAUGUCUUCACCACCCUGGACAAAAGGCCAGUUGAGGUACCAGUCACACUUACCGGAGGGUGUGUUAUCUAUGGACUGGAUGAGCCCCAUGAUGUGCCAAAGAGAAUCCUUAGGAAGCAGUGGGUUAUUGCCAGGGGGAUCCACCCGAAGGAGGCUUCGAGAGCCAAUAGUGAUGAUGUGCGGGUCAUUGUAGAACUCUGCCGCAGUAAUACAUGGGCGACGGGAGAGAUUGGUUUGGACUAUACCAUAGGGGGGCAUCGCCAGCAGAAGUUUAUCUUGGCGGAGUUUUUCCGCAGGGCGGAUGUUUCGACCAAUAUGGUCCUCCAUCUCCGGGGAGCAGAGGAUGACCCUCUCGGACUGGUUCCCACACAGGACUGUAUUACUCUUCUUGAUGGCCUGGGUGUCCCUACUUUGGCACCUAUCUACCUACAUUGUUUCACUGGUGGCCCGGACCAGGUGUGCCUGUGGUUUCGCACUGGACGACCCGUCUACUUUGGGGUGAGCGGGAAAGUAUUUAGGAUGUCGCCUCUCCAGCAAGCAGGAGUGAGGGCUAUUCCAGACCACAAGCUUCUGGUGGAAACAGACAGUCCAUAUAUGCCAUGUUCUGUUCCGUUCCCAAUGACCCCGAAGCACAUUGGUACCAUAUACCGGAGGGUGGCAGAGCUCCGACGUAAGCCGCUGUCUCUCUUGGCUAAUGAAGUCCAUGAGAACUUCAAGUCCUUCUUUGGAGUGCAACUAAAGAAGCAGUGAUGGAGACCGAAGAAGCCAAUUCCGUAGAUGCCAAACCGAUGCGCAGGAUUGCGAAGGAAUCGCAGCUGGACAAUUUGAUGCAGUGAACUGUUUCGCGCUCGGCAUAUUGACUGUUCAUUGUGUUCUAUUUCAUAAUAUCUUUACAUUAUUAAGUGUUGAUAUUUGUAUCAUAUAUAUCGUAUAUGAAUGUUAGUACGAGAGUUUGUUUAUGUUGCUUAAAUUUGGAAUUAUGAUUGGUUUUAAUGUAAAUCGUAAUAUUAUCAAAAUGGGGAGGAGUGUGGUGGUUUUCGAUACCGGGCAUUUUUGCCUAUGGGUCGAAUCCCACCGGUACCCAACAGAAGCACGUUUUCCGGUGUGUGAGAGAAGGGCGCCAGAUUUGUCACUGUGUCAGUGUGUUUGCAGUUAUUUGCUAUAUUAUUACCUGU